CGCAGUCACAGUGGUGAGUGUAGUCGUGAGUCGUGAGCAGGUCGAACAUUGAUUGGCGCCAAUCUGGUCCAUCACCACCUUUAAAACAAUCAUCGCAAUCUUUACAUAGUCUGGCUUUGAAGCGCUAAUCCGAGCUUGCACGACAUCAUCCUCAGAAGCAAGACAAGGGCACUUUUGUGAAGGCGCAGCCAGUCUCUUCUUCAGGUCCAUCCGAGCGCAAUUUCGAUCACGAGCAUACACUUUCCGCCAUCAACAAGGAUGAUGCAGCCACAAGAUGGAGGCGAUCACGGCUUGGAUGCACCGCCCGUCAUCCAGAACCUCUUGACGCAGACCAGCCAGGCUCAACAGAGGGUGCAAGUGUUUCUGGACAGCACCACUCCCUACACUGCAAGGAGAUGGGGCGCUACCGCUGCUCUAUUGACCCUGUUCAUGCUUCGGGUCAUCUUUGGUCAAGGCUGGUACAUCAUUUGCUACGCACUCUUCAUCUACCUGCUCAACCUCUUUCUCGCCUUUCUUCAGCCCAAAUUCGACCCUUCGAUCGAGGCUGACUUGGCAGAGCAAGAUGUGGAAGAAGGAGAGCCGGGACUGCCCACUUCUGCAUCUGCCAGCGGAGGGUUUGGAAAAUCGGGCGGGGUAGGGUUGAUGAGCGGAAUGUUCGGAACGCCUGCACCUUCUGGAGAGGAGGAAUUUAGGCCCUUCAUCAGGAGAUUGCCUGAAUUCAAAUUCUGGCUAGGCGCCACCCAAGCCAUCCUCAUCUCAUUGGGCUGCACAAUCACAAGAGCGUUCGAUAUUCCAGUCUUUGUCCCCAUCCUCGUCCUCUACUUUUUCAUCCUCUUUGGCAUCACCAUGCGAAGGCAGAUUGCGCACAUGGUCAAGUACAAAUACGUGCCAUUUGAUUUGGGACGGAAACAACGCUAUGGGGCCAAGUGACGCUGAAGUCUCUGGCCCAGAGGAUGGACAGGGAAUGGAAGGGUUGAGGGAACAAAACAAAGGUCGCACAUGGUCGCGCGAGACCCAUGAGUGCAAGGAAGUUUUGUGUAUAAGCGCUCGUAUGUCAAAGAACAAUGCAACAUCUCAGUCAUCGCAUUAGCAUGCAGAGCCGGUGU